AUGCCCUCGAUCUAUACCCUCAACCAUGGCGCCGUCGAGAAAGAGCGGCAGCGUCUUGACUUCCAGCAUGUCGUCUUUAAGGCUAUUAUGCGUGACGAUCUCCCGCCAGUCAUCUGGCUACAUCUCAAGUCCCUGCCAGCCCCCAGAGUCGCCGACGCAGAUACCGGCACUGGAAUCUCUCUGGAAGAGUUCGCUCCAAAGCUUGCCAAGGAAGCACAGCUAGACGGCUUCGACAUUCAUACAAAAAAGUCCCACGACCCUGCUUCAUUACCGGCAAAUGCCAAGCUUCAGUAUGGCAACGUGCUGGAGCUUUUUCCGAAAGAGUAUUUGGGAACAUACGACUCAGUACAUGUAAAGUUACCUUAUGCUGUGUUGAAGAAGCACGAGUGGCUUUUGGCUGUGAAGAACUUGAAAACACUGCUCAAGCCGGAUGGGUAUAUGUUCUGGUUCGAGAUAGGAGCCUACGGAUAUGCCAGUAACCCAUACUCGGCUGCCCUCCAUGAGUGGAAGAGUAUCGAGUCCGCAGAGGCCGUCAAGUUCGGACGUGGUCCUAUGUGCCCUGUCCUCCUACCAAGUCAAUUUCAAGAGGCUGGCUUGCAGCAAGUAGACGAAAAGGUCUUCGUCACAUUGGGAAGACCUGAUCUGACCCCAGUCAUUACUAGAGUGGCUUUAAAGUACUUGGCACAAAGCCUCAAUGGUCUUUUAUUGUUGGACAAGGAAGGGAGCCCGGGUUUGAUCGAGAGCGGGGUGAAAUCGCUGGUUGAAAUGGUCACUAAAGAGACUGAGAAUGGGGUCGAGGUUAGUACCAAUCUGCUGCAUUGGGUUUGGGGUCAAAACAGUAGUAGCUCGUAA